AGAAGAUGCCAGCCUUCAUCCCCACUCUCCUCUGCAUUCAGCGCACGCGCGCAAGCGCCGCGGCCGCGUUCCUCCGGCCGCAAGUACCCGACUUCCGGUUCCGCGGGGACCGGGAGGCCAGACCGAGGCUAAUGGCGGCGUCCGGGAAGCAGGCUACCGGGACCGUUGAGGAGGCCUCGGCGGAAGACGAACGGCGAAUCCUGGAGCCCGGGGCCGCCCCUUUCGGAAAUUUCCCUCAUUAUUCUCGCUUCCACCCUCCCGAGCAACGGCUCCGCCUCCUGCCCCCGGAGCUCCUUCGCCGGCUCUUCCCGCAGAGUCCGGAGAUGAGACCGAUCCUGGGGCUCGACGUGGGGUGUAACUCCGGGGAUCUGAGUGUGGCUCUAUACAAACAUUUCCUUUCCCUACGUGAUGGGGAGACCUGCUCAGAUGCCUCAAGAGAACUCCAUUUCCUCUGCUGUGACAUAGAUCCAGUCCUGGUGGAGAGAGCUGAAAAACAAUGCCCUUUUCCUGAUGCCUUGACCUUUAUCACCCUGGACUUCAUGAACCAAAGGACUCGGAAAGUUCUCUUGAGUUCUUUCUUAAGCCAGUUUGGACGUUCAAUCUUUGACAUUGGCUUCUGCAUGUCGAUAACCAUGUGGAUUCAUCUGAACCAUGGAGACCAUGGCCUCUGGGAGUUCCUGGCCCACCUUUCCUCCCUUUGCCGCUACCUCCUUGUGGAGCCACAGCCCUGGAAGUGUUACCGGGCAGCUGCAAGGCGUCUCCGGAAGCUAGGCUUCCAUGAUUUUGACCACUUCCGCUCCCUUGCCAUCCGAGGUGAUAUGGCCAAUCAGAUUGUGCAGAUCUUGACCCAGGACCAUGGCAUGGAAUUAGUAUGCUGCUUUGGCAACACCAGCUGGGACCGAAGUCUUCUGCUCUUCAGGGCAAAACAAACCACAGAGACUCAUCCAAUGCCUGAAUCACUGCUGGAAGAAGGGAAAGAAAGGAACAGAUUAAGAUUCUGGAGACAGUGAGAUGGGACGGUGGGAAGAUGAGGAAAGAGAUAUUGAAGGGUUUUAUACUAAGAAUUAAAUUCAUUUUCCUUAACUCCUGCUAGUUAGGCAGCCUCAAAACCUGGCAGAGGCUUUUGACAAAAUGUCCAAGACAUGCAGAUGAAAGAAUCAGUAUCUGUUCCCCAUUGUUUGGGAUGAUCCCUGCGGAGAAUGCAUCUGUGGAGCAGUGAGCCGAUCUGUCUGGAUUGAGAAUGCCUAGAAAAAGUGAUCCUGGUUCUGUGAUAUGGAAGGAGCUGCUUUUGGUGGUUAUUUAGAAAGACUUAGACCAGGCUAGCCUUAGAUUGUAUCAGUUCUCUGGGCUCCUUGAAUCUGAUCUGGCUUCUUCUGGACUUACUUGUCCUGCCUUCGGGCAAAACCUCACAAUACAAUCUGGAAUAAAGGGUCAUUGGCCUGGCUCAAGGAGAGGGUUAGUAGGAAAACAUCUUAUUUUUCCUGAGCAGGUUAAGUCUCCAAUAUGCCCAGGCUCGGCACAACAGAUACAGAUACUAACCAAGAUGCAUUGACUGGCAUUGAAAAGAUGUUUACCAGAUUUAAAUUAUGAACCCAAAAUCCAGCUGGUAAAAAUGAAAUGAAUGAAGUGGGAUUGUAUACUAUAUAUAUAAUUAUGUAUUAUAUAUAAUAAAAGUGACUUGAAUAUGGUUGAGAAUGUCCUAUGAAUCUGGGGUAGAUAAGAAACUUCUGCUUUUAACCACUUUAUCCAGGGAGUUUCAGCUCAAGAAAAAGAAUGUCACUCAAGCUCAGAACAGAAAACAUGCCAGCAAGUCAGUUAAUUCUGGACUUUUUUGUCAGUGUCCUCUGCCAAAGCACACCAAUAUGGGGGAGAGGGGGACACCAAUAUGGCUGACGGGUGGGGAAUAUGUGCAGGGAAGCAUGCAUAAAAUGCAGUCUACAAUUGGCUGACUACAGCAUAAAUACUGUGGGAUAGGUGUUACUCAUGUCUGUCAGGUUUUGAUUUUUAAAACACCUGUGAGUUGAACCUAAGGGAAAGUGGAAGAUGGAGAAAGAUUUGUUUGGUGGAAAUAAGAUAGAAAAACCAGACAUACCUAGCAAAGAAGGGAGAUUGCGUUGAUGAGCUUCAGAAUCCCUAAGAUCUUUUUAUUUUCUGAAUUGAAGUUAGAGAAGGAGGAGCAGGGAACAAGAGAGUCUGAACCACCAAUUAGAGGUUGGACUUCUUGAUAGAGAAGUUAGUAAAAAUUCCUAUAAGGCAUUUGAACUUUAUGCACGAGAGAGCAGAAGCCAGUGCAGUCUCUGAACAAUAGGAGGAUGGAACCAAAACCUUCAUUUAGGAAAACUGAUUUUUCUAUAUUGUGCAGGAUAAUUGUGUAACAGUUGGUGCCAUUUCCAAUCUCAAUUAGACUCCAAUACUACUUUUCAAUCUUUUUAUAUUGCUGCUUCUGAUCACUUUUAUCAUAGUGACUCUUCCAGACUUACCCUUCUGCAGGCUCUUGACUGUCCCUGCUCCAUUAAUCUAAGGAGAUGACCUAACCACCAACUAGUGCCAUUCUGGUUUGCUGUGUCAGGAAGUCUUUUUUUGCACUCAGUCUUGAACCCCUUCAUUUUCUCACCUUUUCACUUCUAAACUAAGCCACUGAGCCUUUCCCCAAAUAACCUCUGCCUAAUUUCCUGAUCCCAACCUCUCCAAAAUUGUGCUUUAUUGAGGAUCGCCUUGGUGUCUCCUUGGCCUUAUUGACUCCUUCCUGUCCAGCUAUCAACAUGCUCAAUUCUCCCUUCUUCAAAACCAUCAACUUUUCCUAUAUCUUAUCUCCCCCUCAAUCUUAUGCAAUCUUUCUUUCCAUCUCUUCACCACCAAAUGUGAGCAAAGCUCUUAGAAGAGUAGACCCGACAGCUUCUGCUCACUCACCUCCCAUUCAUCAUUGGCCACCUGAGUGCCAAAUUCUUGGGCCUCUUCAGUCUUCCUCCUGGGCCAUGGCACCAUUCAACACUGUUGACUCCUUCCUGAACCAUUUUCCAUGUAUUGUCUUCCUAUCUUUUAGUUUCUCUCUACUCCUUAAGCAAUUGGUUCAAAUUUUAAUUUGGAUAAGAAUUACCUGGGAGUCCUGAAUUCAUCUCCAGAAACAGUGGUUCAGUCAGGAAUGGGGCUUAGGAAUGUUUUUGGUUUGGUUUGGUUUGAUUUGUUUUUUUCCAUUUUUUUUUACUGUGGUAAAAUACAUGUAACAUAAAGUUUAUCAUUUUACCUUUUUUUUUUAUGGUGAGGAAGAUUGGCCCUGAGCUAACAUCUGUUGCCAAUCUUCCUCUUUUUCUUUUGCUUGAGGAGGACUGUCACUGAACCAACAUCUGUACCAGUCUUCCGGCAUUCUGCAUAUGGGAUCCCGCCACAGUGUGGCUUGAUAAGUGGUGUAUAGGUCCAUGCCCAGGAUGCGAACCUACGAACCCUGGGCCACCAAAGCGGAGUGUGCAAACCCAACCACUGUGCCACCAGGCCGGCCCCUCAUUUUAACUAUGUUUAAGUGUACAAUUAUGCAGCAUUAAAUACAUUCACAAUGAGGAAUCUGUUUUUAACAGGCACCCUAGAUGAUUCUGAUGCAAGCAGAAAUAGACCACAGUUCCACCAUUUGAUUGCUUAGAGUUCCUUAGGGUCCAUCCAGUCCUCUUCAUAUUUUUCCUGGGGUGAGUUCCUCUACUCCCAUGCCUUUACUAUGUAUAUGCUAAUAAUCCCAGAAUAUAUUGGUAGCCCCGCCUUCACAGUUACAGAUUAAUGUUUUUUCCGAUUUGUAGUCAUAUCCCCCUAGAUGGUUCUUAGGCACCUCAAAUUCAACAUAUCCCAAAAGCAAACUCAUUACCCUCAUUCCAAACCUAAUCCUAUCUCAGCUGUUGGCAUCCACCCAUUGCUCAAGCUACUAACUUCAGCUGACUGUCCUCACUUAUACUCCCCACAUCAAAAUAGUCAGAAAGUCCAGUAAAUUCUACCCAUAACAUGGAAGUCCUGUUUAUCCCACCCGUCUGGCUGGCGCCUCUCAGCGGUUUCUGUGUUAAGGCAUCUAUCCUCCAGUCCAUUCUCUGUUCUGCUGCCAGUGUUGUUUCUCAGCUAGCUAGCUAUGCUGGUAUCAUGCUUAACAACCUUCACUGGUUUCCUAGUAGCAAGAGUUUUGUCCUUUAUCCACUGCCUCACCCAAUGUUGUUCAAUAAGUUAGCCACUUGCUAUUUAAAUUUAAAUUAAGUAAAAUGAAAUAAAAUUUAAAUUCAGCUCCUCAGUCAUACUAGCCACAUUUCAAGUGUUCAGUAGCGGUAUGUGACUAGUGGCGACUUUACUGGACAGCACAGAUAUAGAACAUUUCCAUUGUUGCAGAAAGUUGUGUUGGACAGUACUGGUCUUCAUGCCUUUCCUCUACCCACCAGCCACGCUGAACUUCUCACCUACCACCCUCUCAGACUUGCCAUGUCCUUUCAUACCUCUGAGACUAGCACAAACUCCUUCUGCUUCCCUUCUCUCUCCCUCAACUUUCCCCUUGCACCUAGUUGAACUGUUUGUCCUAAAAGGCAGCCCAGAUGCUAUAUUUUCUCAGAAAUCUUCCCCAACUCCUGUAGCACUUUGCAUUUGUUACUACAUUCUAGUGGGGACUUUUCAUAGAAACUUCUAUUACAGUAUUUACCUCAUCAUAUUAUAGAUGUUUAUAUGCCUCUUUCCCACCACCGCAAGACUGAUCUCCUCAAGCCCAACUUAUCUUUGUCCAUUUCAAGGCCUUGAUUAUUGAUGGCUUGGGAGAGGACAGCAGAUCAAGACUAGAUAUAAAAAUGUGGAAGUCAUUCAUAUAGGUGAUUCAUAUUUAAUAAGUAGUAAAUUCCAAAAAUAAGUAAAUAUGAUAAGAGGGGUCUUAGGUCUUAGGUCUGAGAGCUGCUAAUACUUAUUGAGAGAGAGGAAAAAAGAGAAACCAAAAGAGGUCUGGUUAGAAACAGGAGAAAAGAAAACAAAAAAAAGAUAAUAAUAAAGCACCAUGUGCCAGACAACAGAACUUUAGCCUCUCUGAGCCUCAGUUUACUGAUGUGCCCAACUGAAAUAACAAGACCUUCCUUUUCCUAUGCCCAAAUGAACUAAAAGAUGUGACGGUAUUUUGCAGAAUAUAGAGUGUUAAACAAAAACAAGAUGCUAUUACACUCAGUAAGCAUGCCAUAGACCACAACUGUGCUUGUUAGAUCAAAGGCUUACGCAAAAAGCAUCUCAUUUCUGUAGAAAACUGGCAUCUUACUAUCUUUAAUAAUUUGCUUUUUAGGAUAAGGAAGUAAGGGGUUCAGCUGAGCACUACAGAGCAUUUUAAAGGAAGCAAUGCUGGGAGGGAGUGAUCAUUGCUGGUGGAAAUGGUCUCAGGGAUCACAGUGGUUACAGAUGUGAAUUUGCCUACUUCUGUUGAUCCUAAGAACACUCUGAAACCUUUUGUGACCCUGCUUGUGCUCUCUCCCUUCACUAAGCUGAUGCAAAGGAAUGUGUAUGGGACUGUGACAGGCUGAAUAACUGUCCCCCAAGAUGUCCACAUCUUAACCCCUAGAACUUGUGAAUGCUGCCUUAGAUGGCAAAAGGCACUUUCUAGAUGUGUGCAAAUGUGUAGUCGUGUAGAUUAAGGAUCUUGAUUAAGGACUUCGAGAUUGGGAGAUUAAUCUGGAUUAUCAGGAUGGGCCCUGAAUGUAAUCACAAGUCUCCUUACAAGAGGGAGGCAAAGGGAGAUGUGACCACAGUGGGAGGUGUAAUGACAGAAGCAAACAGAGUGAUGUAAGGAAGGUCUGUGAGCCAAGAAAUGCAAUUAGAAAAAGCAAGGAAAUGGACUCUCCCAUGAAGCCUCGAGAAGGAAUGCAGCUCGCCAACACCUUGAUUUUAGACUUCUGACCUCCGGACUGUAAGAAAAUAAAUUUGUGUUGUUUUAAACCA